UAAAAAAGACCAAGGCCAGCACCAUUUGUAGUGUGAACAUGGAGAUACCUCACCAACAAAAUGAGCAUUGUCAACUUCCUGUUGGAAAUGAUGGAUGUUGCAUGUGAGCUCUCCAGUCGGGACAUUCCCAAGCAAUUUUAUGCAAGUAAAACAGACAGAUCUCUGCUUUGACAGCAGCAGCAGCGAGAAGAUUACAUCAAACUUUUGAGUUAUUUUAUUUACGCUUUUCCAUUGUUAUAUACAUUGUUAUUUAUACAUUUAUAAAUGACUGUUUUAUCUUUAAAGUUUAAAAAAGAACUUCCACCUUUUCCAAAACUCAGAUUUGAUACUUGUGAAUGCUAAUUUAUUUAACAGAAACUUUUACUUUUUUUUUUUUAUAGCCCUCCUCAUUUCCCAGGUUAAGGACACCUGUUGCUCUCAGCUCCCGCAGUAUAGACCCCUGCCGGCGCAGGGCACCGCGGUAGUGCUGCAGCUCUCCCCUGCCAGCCAGUGGCCGAAUGUCCGUGUUGGAUAUCCCUCCGCCCCGAGCAGCGGGCCCCGAAGCCCCGCCUCUGAUGCUAACACCAAGGCGGGGGGAGGAGCCAGGUAGCGGGCAGACUGACACGUAACUGUUCAGCGUAAAAUUUAAGGAGGAAGUCGCAUCUUUUCCAUAAAUUGACUCCGGACGGGACUGGCUCAGCUCAGGCUCGAUGAGGAGCGGAGCUGCCCCGUCGCCGAAGCCCGUCUGAACGCCGCCACAGCGGGACCGCGAGGCGGAGAGCUUAAAAUGAGAUUCUCGGUGUUUAUUUCUGUCCUGCGCUCGCUCGGGCCGGUGGUAAUCGGCAUUUCUUUGGGGUUCACGCUGAGUUUGCUGAGCGUGAGCUGGACGGAGGAAGCGUGCCUGGUGGGCAGCGGGGAGCGCGAGGAUGUGACCUCGGGUCGGGACGGACUCCUGAAGGGAGCCCGAAAGCCCAACUCCAUUCCUGCCGCCAACGAUGCGGACUCCGACGAGGGGUUCGAGCCCCGGAUAGUCCCGUACAAGCAGCUCCAGCCCAGCGCCCCCAAAAAAGUUUUCAGAGCCAAAUACAUCAGCACAGAGCUGGGGAUGCGAGAGCGGCUGUUCGUCGGGGUCUUGACCUCCAAAAACACCAUCAACACUCUGGGUGCUGCUGUGAACCGCACCAUAAGCCAUCACUUCGACGUUGUGGUCUUCUUCACCGGUCUGCGCAACCGCAAAGUCCCUCACGGCAUGUUCGUGGUUUCCCACGGAGACGAGAGGCUGAUAUGGAACAUGUUCCAGACCGUCAAGUACAUCUUUGAACAUUACAUCAACGAGUACGAUUGGUUCUACUUCGUCCAAGAUGAUGCCUACACAGAAGCCGACAGGAUCAAAGUCCUGGUGGAGCACUUGAGCAUGGAUCGGGAACUCUACAUGGGGAGGCCCGAGGAGUUCAUAGGCGGAGAGACGGAGGGGAAGUACUGCUACGGAGGCUUCGGGUACCUGCUGUCACGCAGCCUGCUGCUCCGACUGCAACCUUUCCUGGAAAACUGCAGGAAUGACAUCCUGAGCUCCAGACCUGACGAGUGGCUCGGAAGAUGCAUCAUCGAUUACACCAGAACCAACUGUGUUGCUGAAUACGAGGGACUCCAGUACCAUCAUUAUGAGCUGGGAAAAAACUCGGAUCCCAGCAAAGAACAGAGUGAAGAGUUUAGGAGCGCCCUGACCGUCCAUCCGGUGUCAGACCCCGAACAAAUGUACCGGCUGCACAGAUACUUCUCUGAGAUUGAACUCCAGAGGACCUACGAUGAGAUUGCUAAGCUGCAGGCGGAGAUAAAGAACGUGAGCGUGGAUGCUUUCGAGGGCAAUCGAAGUGCCCAGUGGCCUGUAGGGGUCAGUCCACCGUUUGAGCCCAAAUCUCGGUUCGAAGUUCUGAAAUGGGAGUAUUUCACAGAGGAGGAGAUCUAUUCGUGUGUCGACGAGGCCCCUAAGUGUGAGCUACGAGGCAUCGAUAAGCUGGAUGUGGCAGACGUCAUAGAGACCGCCGUGCAGGAGCUCAACAACAAGUACAUGCCCACUCUACACUUUAAGAAGCAGCAGCUGAUUAAUGGCUACAGGCGGUUUGACCCCACGAGGGGCAUGGAGUACACCUUAGACCUCCAGCUGGAGGUGGUUAAUCAGAAAGGCCACAGCAGGUCCAUCACCAAGAGGGUCCACCUGGUGCGACCUUUAAGCCUAAUAGAGAUCAUUCCCAUGCCCUACGUGACCGAAGCCACCAGGGUUCACGUCAUUAUACCCCUGACCCUGGAAGACCGGAGCUUUGUCACCCGUUUCCUUGAAGUCUUUGCCUCCAACGCUUUUGAGACCAGUGAGAAUGCGGUCCUGACCUUCUUGUUCAUUUAUGACCCGGUGGAAGCUCAACACGUGAGCCAAAACGACAUCUUUGCCGGUGUGAAGGCUCAGAUAAACACCUACGAGCGCAAAUUCCCUGCAGUGAAGAUUCCCUGGAUCAGUGUCAAGACGGAAACGCCGGCUCCCAUCAAAUUCAUGGACAUCAUCUCUAAGAAACACCCCGUAGACACCUUGUUUUUCCUUGCUCAGGUCAGCACCAACAUCAACGCGGAGUUUCUGAACCGCUGUCGCAUGAACUCCAUCAACAACUGGCAGGUCUUCUUCCCGAUCCACUUCCAGGAGUUUAACGCUGACGUGGCCUACCACAACCAGCCCCGCCCGGCCACCGUGGACCUGGUCAAAGACGCGGGACACUUUGACCGCAGGUCGUUUGACGAAGCGUGCUUCUACAACUCGGACUACAUGGCGACUCGCUCCCGCAUGGUGGCAGACGUCCAGGAGAACGAAGACCUUCUAGAAGGUCUGGACAUCUACGAAAUGUUUGUGAAGUAUUCCGGUCUGCACGUGUUCAGGGCGGUCGAGCCGGCGCUGCACCAGCAGUACCGCUACCAGCCCUGCAACCCCAAACUUAGCGAGGAAAUCUAUCACAGAUGCGUUCAGAGCAACCUGGAAGGCCUCGGAUCUCGAUCCCAGCUCGCCAUGCUGCUGUUUGAGAAAGAGCGCGGAAACAGCACCUGACCGGGCCGAGCGAAACUUCAGGAGACGAGUGUCGUAGCUCUGAGGAAGGACUGAACCCUCCCCAGAUGCAGCCCGUCCGUGGCUGGGGGAGUGGUCUCCAUCCUCCUGGGGAAACCAGGGCUGUUGAGUUCGCUUGACGCCAUGGCGGCUGGUUUUGGUAAAGCGAUAGAUCAGCUUUUCUACUUUCUGAAACCAAAUGAUUCUAUACUUUGCUACAAACUAACACCUACGUAGAGCCGAUUUUGACCACUAGAGGACAUUUAUUUUUAAUGACACAAUAUUUUAUUGUAGUUUCUUAGAAUUUGUUGAACAAUCUCAUCUGAGGAUGCAGGUGAAGACGCUCCUGCAGACAGAAGUUGGUCGGUUGGAGAUGAAUCGGUUAACUCGGUCAUGCCUUUGUUCUGCUGCUAAAAGGAACCGAUCGUCUUUCAUAAGCAGAGAAGAGUCGGGGGAAUAUGCCCCUUGUUCAACUUUGAAGCUGCUGAGAUCUUUUACGUGGUACCAACGAUCCCAAAGAGGCGUGCGACGAAAAGCUUCCGCGACUUGAUGCUUUUCAGGGAGAUGGGCGGCUCCGUCCUCGUAGAUGUUGCACCUCCAUUUGGGGCAUUCAAAUAUUGCACUUUUGAUACUCAACUGGUUUGAGUAUUUACAAAAGUGUAUUUUUUUAUACUCCGUGCCUUGUUACAAACUUUUUUAUACUUCAACCGUCUGAGAAAAAUCCUCGCUUUUGCAUUUGACCUGAUAUUUUUAUACAUUUCCGGUAGUGUUACACAUACAUGCACACAGAGAGGGCUGUUUGUAAAGAAUGUAUGUCUUUCUUAUUCUUUUUAUAGCUUUCAUGGUCACAUCUUGAUCCGACCAUCUCCAGGCUGCCUCAAAGGUGGGCGGAGCUCCGUCGGCUGAACGCCGUUCUUGUAGUUUGGAGUUUCCUUGAAACCUUUUUCACGGUCAAAAGAGAAACAAAGAGGCAGAAACGUGAAUAAUUGGGGGGGAAUGCCUGAAAUACUUGCCAAGGUUUGUGCAGAAUGGAAUCGGCUCAGAAAUGUUUCAAGGAAGAAAAUAAUCAAAUGUUUCAUUUUUCCAAAGUGCUUUGAAUUGCUUUUUUUGCGCCCUUGGUUGAGCUGAAGCGUCUGCUCUCUCCCGUCUGUUGGGAAAUCCAGUGGGAGGUCUGUCCUGUCACUGAGUAGUAAUGGAUGUACAACAGUAAGUUAUUAGUGAGUUCUAAUGUGCAAUAUUACAGCUCGGUUUGUUAUUUUUCCAGGACUUUUAAUGUCCAAACAUUUCCCUGGAGUGCAGGAGCGUUCAUAUCGCAGUACUGUUUGUGACUCAUACUUUCUGUUUGAUGCAAAGUUAAAAACACUGUAAUUUCUCUGACAAGACGUUUUCAAUGCUGUCAGGAGACGCUUGUGCUCCUCAGACUUACUUUGAAGUACAUAAACCCGGAGCGAGUCCUUCUAUUUAACUGUAAUUGGAUUUAAUAUAUAUGUUGGAACAUUGGCGGUUCUUCUGCAGUGUUUCUGCUCCACUUCUUUACCAACGCAUCUCUUUUUUUAACCAGAAAGGAGAGCAGUCGUGACGGCGCACCGUUUGUGUGAAUGUUGAUUAAUAAUAUGCAAAGUUGGAAACGUAGUCUUCCAAAGAAGUCACUGUGAACGAGCUGAGUUACAAAAUGAAGUUGUUUUUUUUUUUUUUUUGCCUUGGGUCCACAUGAGAGGCCUGAGGUUGUGGGUGGAGCGUGGUUAUCCUGUUGUUAACACGGCCACCAUCGCUGAGCGAAGGCUCCUUAGUGUUUUCGUCCAUAAUUUAUUUGUCUGUGGGAUCUGUUCAAACGGUUCUGCAGCAAAUUCUGCUUUAAGAUGCUUUUAAAAUCGAACACAUUUUGUGAUUUUUCUUUUUUAAUCCAAUGAUGAACUGAACAAAAGUAUCAGGUACUUUAAGAGCUCCAGGUUUGGACGUUUGAGCCCAAUAGUUUACAUUGUUUUAUGCACAUGGGUACUCAGAAAAACCAAAGUAGUACGUUUUAGCUGAUGCACAUGAUCGAUUGCUGUAAUUCUCAAUAAACUGUGAAUUAUUGUAUUUUUUUGAAUUAAAGAAUAUUUGAGUA